UUCAAUAAACGCACCAUAUAUAAAAUAAAAAUUAAUUUAAUUCAAUAAACGCAGCAUAUAUAAAAUAAAUAAAACAAACGCAGUAUAUGGAGGCGGGUAGUUCAGACAGACAAUAACACCAUGGAGGCUUUCUAUUGGUCAGUUCGUCUGGAGUGUGUCUCGUGCUCAGGGAGCCGCGUUCCUUCCUCUCACUGAAGAGGCGUUGUUCAUCUCGGCUUCUGCUCACUCUGCGAUUUCACCGACACAAAUUUCCGCUUCCUGCACCGACAAACACCAGCAGCGCAACACGAAGUUAGGCAAGGACGGAGACGACUGGCUUUCGCCGACCCCCCUGUCGGGUACGAACUCCGUCAAACGUCGGGCAUGUUUUCCACUGUUAGUCGUUGAUUAGGACCAAACGGAGCAACUUUCCGCCAGCACUCGCGAGCGUUUGCUGCAGUUGGAGCCUGAAAAAUUAAAAGGCUGCCAGCAGAGAGGAGAAGAAAGAUUAAUUCGGGUAGCCCCGCACCAGCUACUACUGAAAGACUCCCCCUUUUGCAGCCUCCAGGAUGUCGGAGCGAGGAGGGCUCCCGCGGACUGGGGGCGUCCCUUCGCCGCACAUGCAACCCUCCAAGCCGGUCAGCAUCACCUCCAACCGGCCCGUCCAUAUGAACCUCUACGCCACCUGGGAGGUGGACCGAUCCUCACCCAGCUGCGUGCCGAGGCUCUUCAACCUCACCCUGAAGAAACUGAUCAUGUUGAAGGAACUGGACAAAGAUCUCACUUCAGUGGUCAUCGCCGUCAAGCUCCAGGGCUCCAAACGGAUCUUGCGCUCCAAUGAGAUCCUGCUUUCCUCAGCAGGACUGACGGAGACGGACUUACAGCUCACCUUCUCCCUGCAGUACCCACACUUCUUGAAGAGAGAUGCCAACAAGCUUCAGAUCAUGCUGCAGCGGCGGAAGAGAUACAAGAACCGGACCAUCCUGGGCUACAAGACACUAGCUCUGGGGCUCAUCAACAUGGCUGAGGUGAUGCAGCAUCCCAGCGAGGGUGCCCAGAUUUUAGGGCUCCACAGCCAACUGAAAGACGCUUCUGUUCCUGUCGCCGAGGUCCGAGUCUACUCCCUGUCCAGCCAGCCCAUUGAUCACGAGGGACCCAAAGCAAAGAUGUCUGAUCGUUCCCCAGACAUCGACAAUUAUUCUGAGGAAGAAGAAGAGAGCUACUCAUCUGAACAGGAGGGCAGCGAUGACCCUGUUCAUGGGCAGUAUCUGUAUGAUGAAGACGACGAGGUGAGGAAGAAAAAGCCGAGGCGUAAGCUCCCUCCCAAUGCGGCCAGCACCAGGCAACCCAACAUCAAGCAGAAGUUUGUCGCCUUGCUGAAGAGGUUUAAAGUCACGGAUGAGGUUGGCUUCGGUCUGGAGCACGUGUCCAGGGAGCAGAUCCAGGAGGUCGAGGAGGACCUUGACGAGCUCUAUGACAGCUUGGAGAUGUACAACCCCAGUGAUAGUGGGCCGGAGAUGGAGGAGACAGACAGCAUCCUCAGCACACCCAAACCCAAGCUGAGGCCGUUUUUUGAGGGAAUGUCUCAGUCCAGCUCGCAGACGGAGAUCGGAAGCCUGAACAGCAAAGGCAGUCUGGGUCGCGAUACAUUCAGUCCAGGGGAGCAUCCUCCUCUGGAGAAGAUGAAACCCUCCCGCAGUCGCAACCUGGACGAGAUCCCAUCCGAGACGGACACAUUGGAGCUUACAGACCAGGAACCUUUUGCAGAGGUGGGCCCCUGCAUUACAGUGUCUGUGGCUGAGAAACCCCGUACCCCCCUGAAAAGCAGCAAAAAUGAAAUGCAACCUAUGGCAUCUCCAAGACUGGACGGAGGCCACACGCCCAGGCAGAAGCGCAGCAUCACAACUCCCAUGAAGGAGAGACAGCUUUCUAAGCCCCUGAGUGAACGCACCAACAGCUCCGACUCGGAGAGAUCCCCGGAGCUGGGACACAGCACACCGGUUCUCAGGAAAGCCGUGUAUGAUCAACUGAACCAGAUUUUGCUAUCUGACUCCGCGCUACCUGAGAGCCUCAUCUUAGUCAACGCCACAGAUUGGCAAGGGCAGUAUGUUGCCGAGCAGCUGCAUGGACAGAGACACCCGGUGGUCUGCACGUGUUCAGCCGCUGAGAUCCAGGCGGUGCUUUCUGCUGUGCUCACACGCAUACAGAAAUUCUGUAACUGUAACUCAUCCAUGCCCAGAGCGGUGAAGGUGGUGGCUGUGGGCAGCCAAAGUUACCUGGGAGCCAUCCUGCAGUUCUUUGUCAAUCAGCUGGCCAACAAAACUUCUGACUGGCUCAACCACAUGCGCUUCCUGGUGGUGCCUCUGGGAUCUCAUCCUGUCGCAAAGCACCUUGGGUCCCUUGACAACCGCUACAGUUCCUCCUUCUUGGAUGGAGCAUGGCGAGACUUAUUUAGCCGCUCUGAGCCACCUCAGAUAGAUCAGUUGGACAUUUCUGGAAGAAUCAGCCAGUACAUCAGCGGAUCCUCCAUCACUCACCAGCUGCCCAUCGCUGAAGCAAUGCUCACCUGUAAACACAGAACGCGGGAGGAAGAAUCCUACCAGAAGUUCAUCCCCUUCAUCGGGGUUGUAAAGGUUGGCCUCAUUGAGUCUGCAAGUUCUCCAACCGGAGAUCCAGAGGAGGGUGUUGGAGUCAGCUUGGCUGUCCCAUCUACAUCUCCACCGUCUCAUGGCUCUCCCACAGGAAUGAUCAAAGAGGCAGCAACACCCCCCUCCUCUCCCUCCAUGGGCAGCGUCCUCACUGUACAGGGGAGCCCCAGCAUGCCUCAUGGUGUGGACGCCAUCGGCCUGCAGGUGGAUUACUGGCUGGCUUCUCUGGCAGACAAGCGGCGGGAGGGCGAGCGACGCGACACGGGCUGCAAGAACACGCUGAAGAGCGCGUUCCGGUCACUGCAGGUCAGCAGGCUACCAGGAGGGGGCAGCAGCGACCCACAAACUCUUGUCAACACCAUGGCCAUGACCGUGGUCACUAAGGAAAAGAACAAGAAAGUUCCCACUAUCUUUCUGGGUAAGAAGCCCAAGGAGAAGGACAUGGACUCUAAGAGCCAGAUGAUCGAAGGCAUCAGCCGCCUCAUCUGCUCCGCAAAGCAGCAACAGACUUUCCUGAAAGUGUCCAUAGAUGGCGUCGAGUGGAAUGACGUUAAGUUCUUCCAGCUGGCCGCGCAGUGGCCCACUCAUGUGAAAUACCUACCGGUCGGACUUUUCGGCUACAGCAAGCCCCCGUCGUAGGACUGAGCUUUAACUCCUCCACUCGCCUGACUUUCUUCUCCCCUCACACUCCCUUUUGCACAAAAGACCUGCAGAGAAGACGCAGAGCAAGCAGCCGGACCAUCACCUUUCUUUGAUCCCACAAACAAAACACUUUCGUCUUAUUUCUCCAUGGAGGAUGAAGGGGUUGCUGGAGUGCAACGCUGUUACUAGUCACUUUAAUGCUCUUUUUUUUACGAGUGUGUGGAUUAAGUGUGCAUGCACACGUGAAUGUACAUUAUGUUUGUGUGUGUAUGUGUGAGUUAACAAGGAUUUCACAGCACAAGUUAAUUAGCCAGUCGCCAUUUAUGUUUCCGUUUUAAGGAAUGCAGCAGCAUGUUCAAACGAUUUCGUUUUAAGCCCUUAACUACCUGAUUUAGCCCUCAUCAGACACCUGAUCCCCACAUGAAUGGUGCGAAGCGACAGAUACACAAAUGAUGUGCCAGAAGUGGUCACCUGUGCUGCACUUUGCAUGGCAACCACAACCACAAUGGCUCCUUCACCCAAGAGGUGUGAAAGGUCAUUUCUACAUCUGCAAAACAAAAUGAAUCCACUAACGUCCUUUUCUUUUAUUCUUAUUUUCAAGGGCUUCCAUUUACCAGUUUUUUCCUGUUUAAAAAAAAAAAAAAAUGUAUAUGUAUAAAUGCCGAAAAAUGAAAAAGAAAAACACAAAAAAACUAUAUACAUAUAUAUAAAUAUAUAUAUUAGGGGGAAGUGUCUUUUAUUUUAGGAUUGUGCUCUUGUGAAAACCAGUGAAACCUUCCCCCUCCUAAAACUGUUUUGUGAAGCGUAGUGAUAAAUCUAAUGGGCUGCCUUUCUUUAUCUUCAAUUGCUAUGCAUUUCUGAACACACACGGACCGUUUGAAUGAUUUCAGCCGGUAAUAAAAUAUACUAACCUGCCUAAAUAUGCAGCAGAUAAGUCCUCAUAACACAGUGCAUGAUUAAACAGCCCCAAACCCAACAGCAUUGGUGGGAAUAUUAAAAAAGGCGUUUUUAUUGUUAUUCACUGUAUCUGUUUCUAGAUAGAAGCACAAAUGCCUGUUUUCUUCUAAACACCACUUUAUUGGCGACAGACCUGCUGCUUUAUUGCCAGUGAGAAAACUGCAGACCUUAAGAAAACUUUGGUCUGUAGUGUGAGCCCUCCCAGCUUUCCCCUAGACUUCCUAAUGACAAUAUAUUAGGGGAAAACAGCUGGUAUUUGGAGUCAUUCUGUUAUUAUAGUGCAGGUCUGCUUUCUCCAAGAUGCUGUGAGGUGAUUAGUGAGUGUACAGUAACAGGUAACAUAAGCAUAUGUGAUGAAUAAAACAUAAUAUAGGCAGAAACUUUAAAGAAAAACAGUUCAAAAAGUGUGAUAAAUAGUUUUAUAUAAUGUGAUGGGAGAUGUGUAGUGUGUGUGUGUUUUUGUGUGUGUUGGCACUGUGCAUUGAUGAUGUGAUUAUCAAUAUUACUGAUUAUCAGAUCAGGGCUGCAGAAGCUGCAGUGGUCAUCCUGUUUACUAUGUAGCUGCACACAAGGCAUAUGCUUUGGUGGAUUUUUUUUUUUUUAUUCCAGUAAAACUAACAAAUUAUAAAAAGAAAACUUCUGUAAAUAUAAUUAUGAAUUUAAAUGAUUGACUUGUGACAUAUUUCAAAACGAAACACUGCCUUGUGUCGUCUACAUUGUAACACGCUCCAUCGCCACUGAAGUAUUACAAAAAUAGUUUUUUUUAAAAUAGUGUUCAUGCUGAUCUCUAUUUAAAAUAGUUGGAGAAUAGAGGAGGUUUAUUUUUCAUUUUCUCUGUAUUGAUGUUAUGAUUUUACAGUUGUGAUGUCAGCAGCAUGUCUGUUUUUUGUUUGUUUUGUUUUGGGUUUUUUUUGUGUGUGUGUGUUUGGCACCACCUGAUACGCAAGGGUUCACACCCAAGGCUUCUCAGUUCACAGAUCAUCAGUCACUGCCGGGCAAACACUCGAUCUUAAAGAGUUAUUCCUCAUAACUGAAUGUAUCUUCUUUAGUUUUUGUGUGCUAUUCACAGUUUUAGAAAUGAAAUAUCUCACAGAAGAUGCUUUUGUUUAGCCAGUCUUCAUGAACCUGUGUUCUUUUUCAUUUGGACUGAGUGAGAGCUUCAGUUUAUAGGCUUGGUUUGAGUUGUCCCUGAAAAUCUGUGAUUGUUAUUGUACUGUUAAUUUGCUCAAGGUUUCAUUCCAAACUUGGCACUACAGAAACACUAGGUUUAUUUGUUCUGAAAGAAAACUACACUUAAAUCAGGAGUUAAUGUCUGUAGCACAUUAAUGGGAACAAGUUUUGGAUCCCCAAGUUCUGAACCCAAAUUAUGUGUCCCAAUCUGGAUUUUCUUUGCUCUCCAAUAUUAAUUUAGAUCAUUUAAGAAAACACAUAUGCUGAUACAGAGUCCAAAACCAAUACUUCAUUAAACCCAAUCCUAUGCAUAUGCUUUAAAAGUCAGUAGCUUUAAAGCGCUGUAAAAAAAACACACUCCAUGCUCUGCUUUAUUGUUGUGGAAUGCAGCAUCUGUUUUUCUUGACAGCAACAGAUAUUUUGUCCCAACAGGGGACUCUGCAGGACAGCCUUUUGUUUUUAAAAAUAUCUCUUGACUCGACAUAUGCAGCUUACAGGAUUUAAUAAAUUCACAUCUUGCCCCCUUUUGCAGACAAGUCUGCUGAAAAGCUAGGCAAAUGCUAGCAUCUUUACUCCCGGUUUUGAUUUGGCUGGUAACAUCUUUCAGUGUGGUUCCAGUUAAUAGCCUGUGGACAAAAGUUACAGAUAAAGUUACACUUCUGAUUUAGAAACAAAAGGCUUUGCUUUUAAUGACUAGUGUUUUAGCUGCUCUCUACACAGUUUUCUCUAUACCCACAGCAGUCUAGACACAACACGCAGAGGUGGUCUCAUGCCACAGACUGCAAGGAAGCUGCAACAGCCAAUACAGUCUCCUCUUCACCUCAAACAUCAUUGUAAAGGAUUCGAAACACUUUGUUUUGGGGGAACCCAGAUUAAUUAGACUGAUAGAAGACUAUGCAUGGCUAUUUACACAGUUUUUUAAGUCGUGGACAUGAAAACAAGUCACGUUUUUUUUUAAUUGGCUGAACAAAUUGUAGUUUUGCUGGCGAUGUGGCAAGCACAAUUACAAAUGGUACACCAACAACAAGUAUGGGGAGCUGAGUCUAGUGAGGGGCAAAUCUCUGCUUCUCAAAAAGCUAAUAUACACAUGUGGUCACAGUAGAAAACCUAUAGGUUUGGCUAUGAUGAGUCUAAGACUGCUGUUUAAUUAUUUGUGCAUAAGUUAAAACCAAAUUAAAUAAAAGCUUGGAGAAGCCUUGAGUUGCAUAACCCAUCCUCCUCAGGAGUUAGUGAAAACCACAAUGAAGCUACAAGUGGGUUCAUUCUGGUUUUGUUCUCAAGUAAAAAUACACACAGCUUCAGUUACUUUGUCACUCAGUUACUAAAGUAUGCAGAUAUUUUCUUUUAGGGUCUCAGAAUUUUGUAAGAAAAAUGUAUGAGCUACUGUUUAGCUUGCUUGGACUGCUCCUACGUGGCCAGUAACUUCUAACCACUAUUUUAAAUUAAAAUGAUUGGUUAAUAUAAUUAAAUUAUACACCGAAAUGGGGGAGACCAAAACUUGAAUACCUUUGUGCCUUGUAUCAACUUUCUUCACAUUGUUUCCUGCUUCAAAGAAGUCUGCAUUAAGCUUUGAAAGUAUCAGUAACAAUUUGCAAUUAGUAAAUUUGAGAAAUUAGACAAAAUAGGUGCAUUUGGAAUGAAAUCUUUUAUUGUUUUUACAUAACCAUUGGUGAUUUAUGACCUAAAGCCUAGUUGUGUGCAACAAUGUGAUUUUCUUAUUUAUUGAUUAACCCUCUGCUCCCUCCAAAGGAGGCCAGAGGUCCUUUAUCAAAUAGUCCACUAAAUACUGCUAAGAAGUCCAAUUUUAAAUAACUUUAGUAAUAUUUAAAAUGUCUUUAUGUCUUCGUGGACUGGUGAUUAGAAGCAUACCAGCAAGAAGGUAAUCUUUGUCGAAAUCGAGGUGUUUAUCGUCAUUUCAGUGAACAGCAAUUUGCAGCACCAUCUUUCGUUUCCUACAGUCUCUUUGAAGAUGCUGGUUGUUCUGUGUGUAAGUGGUCAGCUUGUUGCUGUGUGUGAUUCCUUUACCUCUGUACACCUCUGUAUUUGUGUCAGCCAGUGACUGUCACCGUGGUUCCUCUGUCUGCGGCUAGAGAUUACGAGCUGUUCUGUCCGUCUGUAAUCUCUCUCUGUGAUCAGCAGUGUCAUCGGAUGUCUUUUUCACCAGGCUUCCACAAGCUCACCUCUCUGGAAAAAAAAAAAAAACACACUGUUCCCUCGCAGCUUGUAAAUCACCCAUCUGUCCUCAGAGGAACGGGGGUUUUGCUUGUCGAAGGCAGUUCAUUUCUGCCUAAUGAGGUUCUGCUGGGAGCAGAGCCUCCUGAGCUUGUGGACUUGUGAAGAGUAUUUUGCACAUGCCAUUUUUCUUCAGCAGCGGUUUUUCUUUUUUGCCUUCUGCCUUUAGCAGCAGUUAUAAUAAACCAACAAUUAUGCUUGUACAUACAAGAUAGUACUUGAUAUAUAUUUUUGUUUAAUUAUGUUUUUGUUCAUUCAACAUGUUUUGUAGUACUGCGUUUUUCAUGAUUGCGUCUGUCGGUAGAACAGAUGUGGGGUCAACAGUGAAAGUGCUCAUUGUUUUUUUUUUAAUAAAGAUAUUCCUCGUUUGUA